AUGAGUCAAAAGGAAGGCUCCGGUGAAAUUCAAAUCUCUGCUUCCGGUGCUCGUCUUAUGAAGGUUAAACAAGAAGCCGGAGAGAAGAUGAAGAAGGAUGCCAAGAAGAAGAAGGCUAAAGACUCAAUUGGAGCGAGAGUCAAGAGGAUGAAGAAGAAAGAUGGCAAGAGCACCUCCUCUGGACCUCACUCUCCCUCGCUGUUGAAGAGUCAGGAUGUCGUUAAUCUCGUCGUCCAAGCUCACGGCAAGAGUAAUCUAGCCAGGGCUUGUACUGACGAUGAAACCCCUGAAACUGUCCCGGAGGGUUGGUUCUGUAUUCACGAGAAAUACAUCUCCAAGUGCCACCUUAGGUUCCCUCUCCCAACCCUCUUGCUAGAUCUCCUAGAUCACUAUCAACUGGCCCUUUCCCAACUUUGCCCCUCGGUUAUCCGAGUGGUGAACGGAUUCAUCACCAGGGCUAAGGAAGAAGGAGUUAUCAUAGGGUUGAGUGAGCUGAUGAGUCUGUUCCUGAUAAAGGAGAGCUCUUCCACGGAUGGCGGAAGCGGGACCUAUUACCUCCCAUGUCGUCCGGGGCUAGGCAUAUUUAAGUUUACGGCCAGUGAUGAUGACUGGCGAAAGAAGUAUUUCUAUGUCAAGAUCGACCCUUCUACGGUUCCUGGAUAUGUUUGUGUAUUCGUUUUUGCUUAUCGCGAUUCGCUAACCUCUUUGAUUCUUCUUGCAGAGAUUGAGGACCCUGUUAAGUUAUCCGGUAAACUCACCAGAGCUCUCUAUAGGAAGCUGCAGCACAGCCCUAAUACUUGGGGAGCUUAUACUACUACGAGAGUUGGAUCAGCUAGGUUCCCUGAACGAUACAAGGUUUCUUUUCCUGAUUCAGUUUCGGUUGCUGGUUUAGAAGUUUCCGAAGGUGGAUCGAUAUUUUCAGUUUCGUCAGGAGCCAGUACCUCAGAAAAGACUCAGUCACAUAAGAUGCCUAUCCAGCCCUCGUUCCGUUCCAGGGGUAGAUCAACCAAAGCUGCCAGCUCCUCUCGAGGAAGUGACAAGAAUCCAGGAGGAUCCUUCCUCAGCUCCGUGAAGGAAGUCCUUGACGAUGGAGGCUCUGCUCCUGCUAAAGAUGACGGUCGCUCCGAGCCCAAAGUUCAGGAAGUUGUCCCUCACUCCGAGGUCCCGGAGACGGAAGCUGAUCCUCAAAUGAUGAGGGAUACUCAUGAGUUUGAGCCUCCGAGGAGCAAGAGAGGAGGAACCGUCGGCUGGAAUUUUGCUCACUCGAAGCCUAGGUCAGUCUUGGAUGACUCGUGGGGUUUGGCUACGCUGAUGAGGCACAUGAAGAGAACCGAAUGCUCCCUUCCCUCGAUCGCCAAUCUCACGAAUAAAUAUGAGUAUGUCGAGAUUGCCCAUUACAUGGGUCAGCUGGCUGGUGCUAUCAACAGGGCUCAGUUCAAAUUUGAGGACACUGUGCACAAUGCCCCCAACACUGAAGAAUUAGCUCAGGUUACUGAGCUAGUGAAGGCUACCAAGACGGAGCUUGACCAGGUUCGGAUUCAGGUCUCUGAACUUCAAGCUGAGGUCAAGAGACUCGGCUCCAAGGCUGACGUUCAGCAAGGGACGAUCGAGAGUCAAGCGAUUGAUAUCCAAGUGAAGAAUAGGAAGAUCGGGGAGUUGGAUUCUGCUCGGAAGAUAGCCGAGUACCAGGUCAAAGAGCUGAUCGCUUCAUCCCAAGACAACCAGAAGAACAACGAAGCUGAGGUCAAGCUAGCCGUCCGGAGAGGAAAGAAGGAGGUAGCUGAUGCCUACAACAAGAUCUUGGUUUCUGUCAAGGAGAAGUUCUCCAAGAAGAAGGAUGAAGUCGAUCUUCUGGUUUACGCUCAAGAGCUUCAGGCUAAUACUGAGCUCCUGAAGGACAUGCUGGACAAUGAAAUCAAGAGUGCUGAAGAUGAGUACCAUUGCUUGGUGGCUAUUGUGAGGGAUUAA